GCCCCAAGCCCCCCAAGGCCCCAACAUUGCAAGCAGCGCGGGCGCUCGCAAUGGAGGCGGCAUCUGUGGUUGGGAAGCUUUGGCUUCCUCCAGGCUUUGCGUUUGUUCCUGAGGACGAGGAGGUGGUCGCGUGCUACCUCCUCCCUCGCCUCCAGGGCCAGCGACUCCCAAUCGACGGCAUCAUCCUCGAGGAGGAUCCGCUGAGCGCGCCGCCGUGGAAACUGCUGAAGAAGCACGGGCGGAAGGGGGACGCCUUCUUCUUCGCGGCGAGGCAGGCCAUGAACGGCAGCAAUGGCAGCCGCCAGAAGCGGAGCUGCGCUGGUGGGGGGACGUGGGUCGCCCAGAAGAUGUUGGUGGACGGCGAGAAGCUGCGCGUGCCUGGCAGCGGCACGGAGGUCGCGUGGCGGAAGUACGCGCUCAACUUCAAGGAGUACGGCGUGAAGAGCAGCACGGGCUGGGUCAUGCACGAGUACUCCAUCACCGCCCCGCCCAGGCUCGCCGCGUCGCUACUGAGGGUGUACCGCAUCCGGUUCAGCGGCCACGGCAAGAACGGCAAGAACGCCAAGAAGCGCAAGAGGGAUGAGCAAGACUCGGACAGCGACGACGAGGACGGUGCGGCACGCGACGCGACCCGGCACACGGUGGAAGAAACUGCUCUGUUCGUUUUUUCUUCGAUCCCUUCCCCUUUCUUACUCACUAAACCCCAGCAAUACCCUGGCGCGGCGGCAAUGGAGGCGGCAUCCGUGGUUGGGAAGCUUGGGCUUCCUCCAGGCUUUGCGUUUGUUCCUGAGGAUGAGGAGGUGGUCGCGUACUACCUCCUCCCUCGCCUCCAGGGCCAGCGACUCCCGAUCGACGGCGUCAUCCUCGAGGAGGACCUGAUGAGUGCGCCGCCGUGGAAACUGCUCAAGAAGCACGGGCGGAAGGGGGACGCCUUCUUCUUCGCGGCGAGGCAGGCCAUGAACGGCAGCCGCCAGAAGCGGAGCUGCGCUGGUGGGGGGACGUGGGUCGCCCAGAAGAAGCUGCGCGGGGGCCGGGACGGCGAGAAGCUGCGCGUGCCCGGCAGCGGCAUGGAGGUCGCGUGGCUUAAGUACGCGCUCAACUUCCACGAGGACGGCGUGGAGGGCAGCACGGGCUGGGUCAUGCACGAGUACUCCAUCACCGCCCCGCCCGAGCUCGCCGCGUCGCCGCUGAGGGUGUACCGCAUCCGGUUCAGCGGCCACGGCAAGAACGCCAAGAACAGGAGGGAUGCGCAAGACUCGGACAGCGACGACACAGGAGCAGCACACGCCGUGACACGUCCCGAGGUGGCAGAGACUGCUCUGUUCGUCGGUGAGUUCCCGUCGGCAUCGCAGUCCGUCCGUUCUUCUCCUGACGGGGCGGACGUCGACGUCGUCGGAUCAAGACUUUUUCCGCGCUGAUUGACGAUUGGUCCCCGGAUUCAGACUCUGGGGGACAUUGACGACCUUACAUGUUCUUGGGAUGAAACGUGGCAACCCGAUUCGUCCUUCUUGCCAUGAGCGGCUGAUGCUGGAGCUAUGUCGAUGGUGCUCGCCGGGCGCAUGAUCAGGCACGUAGAAUUAGUUGAACCUAGAUAGAGAUUUCUAAUGUUUCUCUGGAAUGCACGGUGGAAGCUUGAUAGAUUCUUGUCGUGACAGACUGACGGCUUGUGUUUGUUGAUUUGUUCUUGCAAAACUAUUUGGAUCGAACCUUUACUCAUUAUAAGCUUUUUCUUAUGUAAUUCGCCAAACUUUUGUUGUGUCUAAUAUUCUAAAGUUGCUUUUAAUGGA